UCUCCACACAGAUAUGUUCUUCCCAUUGGUGCAGUUGAUUAUACUUUCCCUUGGGGUAACAGCCACGUGGGCCUCUUUGUUUCAGAUCGAUUGGCCGAAACGAGAGUUGGAUUGGUGGCAGAAACAGUACUACCAGUCGUCUUGGAAGCAAAGACUGCGAUUUACGACUACCCCCAGACCAGGAGCCACUCCCGAAUGGUAUGAGACCCGAUUGGUAUACCCCUGCUAUUGUUAUAAGCCAUCUCUCAAUGGAUUGGCCACUGCCAGUCCGGUUGAGAAGCGAAUCAUUGAGCCCAAGGAGCUGUUCUUCUUAAAUAAGUAGUGUAGUAUUUUUAAUCAAGAAUUUACCAUCAAUCAAAAAGAAUUUAAGAAAU